AUGGCACACCCCUCGCAACUAGGUUUCCAAGAUGCAGCCUCACCUGUAAUAGAAGAGCUCCUCCACUUCCAUGAUCACGCCCUAAUAAUUGUUCUAUUAAUUAGCACACUAGUGCUUUAUAUUAUUGUAGCAAUAGUAUCUACUAAACUUACAAACAAGUAUAUUCUUGAUUCCCAAGAAAUUGAAAUUGUAUGAACAAUUCUCCCAGCAGUAAUUCUUAUUCUGAUUGCCCUGCCCUCUCUUCGAAUUCUUUAUCUUAUAGAUGAAGUCAAUGACCCCCAUCUAACCAUUAAAGCAGUUGGCCACCAGUGGUAUUGAAGCUAUGAAUAUACUGACUAUGAAGAAUUGGCCUUCGAUUCUUAUAUAGUUCCCACACAAGACCUCCUUCCGGGACAAUUUCGUCUCUUAGAAACAGACCAUCGAAUAGUGGUUCCUGUUGAAUCCCCAACCCGAAUCCUAGUGUCUGCCGAAGAUGUCCUUCACUCCUGAGCUGUCCCCUCUUUAGGAAUUAAGAUAGAUGCGGUACCCGGACGAUUAAAUCAAACAGCUUUUAUUACCUCUCGCCCUGGUUUAUUUUAUGGCCAAUGCUCUGAAAUUUGUGGAGCAAAUCAUAGCUUUAUACCUAUCGUGGUUGAAGCCGUUCCCCUAAAACACUUCGAAGAGUGAUCCACCCUACUACUUCAAGACGCAU